UCCCGAGCAAGCAAUUCUCUAACGCAUUUACCUCUCUCUCUUUGUCCUUUCUUCGUCGGAAUUCGCCUAAGCGUUGUUCUCUUCGAAAGUUAGGGUUCUUCUGAACUGUUCCAUUUCUCGCAGGUUGUAGCUUAGAACCUGAAGUGCUGUGAUGGUAUCGGUGUUAGGAUUGGCUAUGGUGUUGUACUCUAGGUUUUCGUAGCUCGAGAAUGCCAGGCAUUCCUCUCGUGACUCGUGAAACCUCCUCUUGUUCAAGAAGCACAGAUCAGAUGUGCCAUGAAGACUCCCAUGUGCUUUUAUCCGAAGAGGAGGAGAUUGCUGCCGAGGAGAGCCUUGCAGCUUAUUGCAAGCCUGUAGAACUCUACAACAUUCUACAACGGCGUGCUAUUAGAAAUACCUUGUUUCUUCAGCGAUGUUUGCAUUAUAAAAUCGAGGCGAAACAUAAGAGGAGAAUACAAAUUACAGUAUUUCUUUCAGGGACUGUAGAUGUGGGGUUACAAACUCAAAGACUGUUCCCUUUGUAUAUUUUGUUGACAAGACUCGUUUCCCUUAAGCCCGUGGCAGAGUAUUCUGCAGUAUAUAGGUUCAGUCGAGCAUGCAUCUUAACUGGUGUCCCUGGUUUCGAUGGGAUUAAUCAAGCUCAAGCCAGUUUUCUUCUCCCUGAUAUGAAUAGGCUUGCCUUGGAAGCAAAAUUGGGUUCACUUGCCAUCUUAUUUAUCAGCUUUGCUGGAGCACAAAAUUCCCAAUUUGGCAUUGACUCCAGCAAGAUUCAUUCAGGCAAUAUAGGAGGACACUGCUUAUGGAGCAAAAUACCUUUGGAAUCGCUCUAUGCAUCAUGGCAAAAGUCCCCAAACAUGGACUUGGGACAGAGAGUAGAUUCAGUGUCUCUGGUGGAAAUGCAGCCUUGCUUCAUUAAGUUAAGCUGUGUGAAUGAAGACAAAUAUGUCUCAAUUCAGGUUCCCAGCAAUCCCUUGACAUCGAGUUCGCCACAGCAAGUCCAAGUCACCAUUUCUGCAGAAGAGGUUGGGGCGAAGGAAAAAUCUCCUUACAGUUCAUUUUCAUAUAACGACAUUUCCUCUUCUUCGUUGCUGCAAAUUAUCAGGUUGAGAACGGGAAAUGUUGUUUUUAAUUACAGAUAUUAUAACAACAAGUUGCAGAGAACUGAAGUUACAGAAGAUUUUUCUUGUCCAUUCUGCUUAGUAAAAUGUGCUAGUUUCAAGGGCCUGAGAUAUCACUUGCCUUCAACUCAUGAUCUCUUCAAUUACGAGUUUUGGGUGACUGAAGAAUAUCAAGCUGUAAAUGUCUCUCUCAAGUCAGAGACAUGGAGAUCUGAGAUUAUUGCGGAUGGCAUUGACCCUAAACAGCAAACUUUCUUCUUCUCUUCAAAGAAAUUCAGACGUAGGAGACAGAAGAAUCAGGUUCGAAGCUCUAGACAAGGGCACCCACUUGUCUUAGGUUGUGAGGUGCUGGAUAAGACUGAUGAUGCUCAUUCCAGCAAAACUGAAAAGAGUCGAAUACCACCUGGACACAAUGUGCUCUAUGACAGAAUUUGGGGCACUGAACAUGGACAAGGUGCUCUACCUAGCGCUAGUGUUGCAGAUUCUGCAGCACAAUCAUGUGCCGAUCCUGAUUAUGUGCAGUCGAUAGCUGGAAGUACAAUGUUACAAUUUGCAAAAACGAGAAAGCUAUCUAUGGAACGGUCUGACUUGAGGAAUCGUAGCCUCCUCCAGAAGAGACAGUUCUUCCAUUCCCACCGAGCUCAGCCCAUGGCUCUGGAACAAGUACUGUCUGACAGAGAUAGUGAAGAUGAAGUAGAUGAUGAUGUGGCAGACUUUGAAGAUAGAAGGAUGCUCGAUGAUUUUGUUGAUGUGACUAAGGAUGAGAAGCAUGUGAUGCACUUAUGGAACUCUUUUGUCAGGAAGCAAAGGGUAUUAGCAGACGGUCACAUUCCAUGGGCAUGCGAAGCUUUCUCCAGAUUACACGGUCCGGUCCUCGUUAGAACCCCGUCACUGAUUUGGUGUUGGAAAUUGUUAAUGAUCAAACUGUGGAACCAUGGACUUCUUGACGCGCGCACCAUGAACAACUGUAAUAUCAUCCUCGAGCAGCUCCAGAAUCAGAACCCAGAGAACACCAAGUAGAGAGAUUCAGACAAGAAACAAAGUUCUCCGUCUUAAAAAAAAAUUUUAUUUUCUUUGGCAAGAAUCGAGAAUUUUGGGUCAUGGUUCAGUUCACCAUUUUGUUGUAUGUUUACCUUCUCAUUCUUGAACCCAAAGUUCCUGUAAUGGAUCAUGGAUGGUACAAGCACGUGAUGUCCUGGACAGUUCCUUUCUUUUUUCUUCCUUUUCUUUUUAUAAGAUUAUGUACAUUAACAAGAACUUUGAUUUUCGCAUCUCUUCUUGCGUAAUGUUUUAACUUGUU